GAUACGGAUCAGCAGCGUGUAUGAUCAUUGAAGACAAUCCCCCUCUGCCCACGAGACCGAGGCAUAAUCCUUACCAAGAUACCACCCAACGUUUCCUGAAUCACCUGGUCCUGCCCAAGCAUAGGACCUCAAAAUUUUCCAGACAUCGAAAGCUUCAGCCAUUCAGAGAAACGUGACUGUCAUUACUCGACGUUGCGGCGGACGACACCGCAAUCGAAUUGAACCACCCUGUCUCGACACGUAUUAAAUUGCCACUUGGUAGCAUCAGUAACUAUCGAUCGUUAUCCACAGGCGAUCAAACUGACGCUGAAAAACGUGAACGAGCGUUGCGCACGCAGGUCAAGAACUAAGACGUUGCUACCAACUUGAAUUCCAGAGGAAAAACCCAAUACAAUCACAAUCGAGAUAUUCAAAAUUUCCAUUCUCAAUUAAAAUAAAUAGUAGUCAAAGUUCUUCUCGUAUUAUUGAACAAAAAAAUCGGAAAAACGUCACGAAUAAUUGAAAACUUAAACAAUCCCACUGUCAAGACACAAAAAUCACUCAUUAAAUUCAAACAAAAAUGGGUAGUCUGAAUGUGAAUCGUAACGUUAGCGAUGCAUUCUAUCGCUAUAAAAUGCCUCGCAUCCAGGCCAAAGUUGAGGGCAAAGGCAAUGGUAUUAAAACAGUCAUAGUCAACAUGGUCGACGUGGCUAAAGCUAUAGGAAGGCCAGCGACAUAUCCAACAAAAUUUUUUGGAUGUGAAUUGGGCGCACAAACGCUAUUUGAUUUUAAGAACGAACGUUUCAUUGUCAAUGGCUCGCACGAGGCAACUAAACUUCAGGAUUUAUUGGAUGGUUUCAUAAGAAAAUAUGUACUGUGUCCAGCUUGUGAUAAUCCGGAGACUGAACUGUUAGUCAGUGCCAAGAAGGGAACCAUUUCACAGGGGUGCAAGGCUUGUGGACAUCAUGGAUUGUUGGAGAGCAAUCAUAAGCUAAAUACCUACAUUCUCAAGAAUCCACCGAGUUUGAAUCCAGCUGCCCAGGGCAGCUCAUUGACCGAGGGAAAGCGGGGAAAAAGAUCGAAGAAGGCAAAUGGCGAUACCAACGGAGAUCGUUCUGGCUCCCCCGAUAAUGACACCAGCACCACUGACAUCGUUGUUGAAGCGCCUGAAAUAAUAGCUAAAGAGGAUGAUGAUGCUGAAUGGGCUGUCGAUGUUUCUGAAGAAGCUGUACGUGCACGUCUGCAGGAUCUCACGGACGGCGCCAAGGGAAUGACCAUUAGCGAGGAUUUGGAGAAGAGUGAGAAGGAGCGAAUGGACAUCUUCUAUAAGCUAGUGAAGAGCCGCAGGGACGCUGGUCAACUUGAGAAUCACAAGGAGUUCGUUGCCGAGGCCGAACGUCUCGAGAUCAAGACCAAGGCACCCCUCGUUCUUGCCGAGUUGUUAUUCGAUCAGGGCAUUGCAGGACAGGUUAAAAAACACCGGGUUCUGUUGCUUCGCUUUACGCAUGACGAUAUCAAGGCACAGAAAUAUCUGAUAAGAGGAAUUGAACAGGUCAUUGCGCUUCAUAAGGAUUCACUCAUGCCCAAGGUGCCUGGCAUUCUUAAGCUUUUCUACGACAACGAUAUCUUAGAGGAGAAGGCGUUAUUCGAGUGGGCAAGUAAGGUGAGUAAAAAGUAUGUAUCGAAGGAUCUUUCCCAGGAGAUUCACGAUAGAGCAGCACCAUUCAUCACUUGGCUCAAAGAGGCAGAAGAGGAAGAGUCAGAAUCCGAAGAAGAAGAUGACGAUCUGGAGAUUGAAUACGACGACAGAGCUAAACAACCGUUGAAACAACAGACGCAAAAGCAGCCCCAGACCCCGAAAAAACCGGUUGAAGAUGAUUCCGACGAUGGCGAUGACUUUGACAUUGACGCCAUAUAAUGAAAAAAGAAAAAAAAACGAAAAAAAUACAGAAAAAAGCAGGUUUACUUGAAUCAUUAUGACGACCAAGCUGUUUAUCUCUCUUUCUCUUUCUCUCUUAAAUCAGGACUUGCUAUAGAUAAUGAGAAAUUAAUUAUUUCGAAGAUAUCCAAAGUCACCAUUACACGAAUUUCCUUCUUUCCGACCAAAAACCCGCUAAGACGAUUUUUUUUUAGCCAUAACCAAUUGUUCCACACGCCUUAUUUUUUACGAUAAAUGUUUUAAUUGUUUCAUUUAUGAUUUAUCUUCAAUAAUUACCUAAUUAUUUCAGCGGAGUUUUGAAAGUUCAUGCCUGUCCCGUCCUCGCACAUGCAGCUCCUUUAUCACUUCAUUAUUAUCACAAAUUUGUAUUUUUAAACGAAUUUUAUUAUUGUAAAUUGAUUUUUCGAUAUCCACUGAAUACGUUGAUUUGAUCAUUAUUUCGCCGAUAUACCAAUGUAAUAUCCUUAUGUACGAAUAAAUGGUUUCUCGCUAUUA